CAGGUAAGAAUAAAAUAAAAUGGCUAAACUUAUAAAUAAUGUAUCAGUUUGUUUCUUCUUCCUGUGUUUGGCAGUUAUUACCCCAAGGUUGCUCGCACAUUUUGAAGAAGGGGCUCCCCCCGCCGUCCCCGUUACCGAUGCAGUUGGCAAGGCUGAAAACACCGCACAGGAGGCAGACGCAGCCGCGCAUGAGCCAAGCGCAGCCACAGGGGGAAGUGGCGUUAGCACGCCUCUGAACGAAGCAGGGAUGACAGAGGCUGAAGGGCCAACCCAAGACUUAAGCAGCGGCAGCUCUUUCCCCCCGGCUGAAGAGCCAGCCCCGUUCUCCAGCUUUUUUUCCAACAAGAUGGGUAGAUUUUUCCCUUAAAAUAUAAAUUCUUUUCUACAAAUUUGUAAGGGAUUGUUAUAAGUGGUCGAAAUAAUGGACCACAAGAUUUUUGUAUCCCAACCCCACAACAGAAAGGAGGCAUUUAUUUGUAUGGUAUUAUUUACUAUUAAAAAUUGUAGUAAGUGAAAAAAUUUAAUAAU